AUGGGGGAGUUGCCCUUAGAUAUCAAUAUCCAGGAACCUCGCUGGGACCAAAGCACUUUCCUGGGCAGAGCCCGGCACUUCUUCACCGUUACUGACCCCCGAAAUCUGCUGCUGUCUGGAGCACAGCUGGAAGCUUCCCGGAACAUCGUGCAGAACUACAGGGCCGGCGUGGUGACGCCAGGGCUCACUGAGGACCAGCUGUGGAGGGCCAAGUAUGUGUACGAUUCUGCUUUCCAUCCGGACACGGGGGAGAAGGUGGUCCUGAUUGGCCGUAUGUCAGCCCAGGUGCCCAUGAACAUGACCAUCACUGGCUGCAUGCUCACCUUCUACAGGCAGACCCCGACCGUGGUGUUCUGGCAGUGGGUGAAUCAGUCCUUCAAUGCUGUUGUUAAUUACUCCAAUCGCAGCGGCGACGCUCCCAUCACUGUGGGGCAGCUGGGAACAGCUUAUGUGAGUGCCACCACUGGGGCCGUGGCCACAGCCCUGGGACUCAAAUCCCUCACCAAGCACCUGCCCCCCCUGGUGGGCAGAUUUGUCCCCUUUGCAGCUGUGGCAGCUGCCAACUGUAUCAACAUCCCCCUGAUGAGGCAGAGGGAACUGCAGGUGGGCAUCCCAGUGACUGAUGAGGAAGGUCAGAGACUUGGCCACUCAGUGGCCGCUGCCAAGCAGGGAAUCUUCCAGGUGGUGAUAUCGAGAAUCUGCAUGGCCAUUCCUGCCAUGGCCAUCCCCCCGGUGAUCAUGGACACUCUGGAGAAGAAAGACUUCCUAAAGCGUCGCCCCUGGCUGGGAGCGCCCCUGCAGGUGGGACUGGUGGGCUUCUGCCUGGUAUUUGCCACCCCCUUGUGCUGUGCCCUCUUCCCCCAGAGAAGCUCCUUACAUGUGAGCAGGCUGGAGCCAGAGCUGAGAGCUCGGGUCCGUGAGCAAAACCCCAGCAUCGAAGUGGUUUACUACAACAAGGGGCUUUGAGGGAGGGUCAGCCCCCGGACCCCUCCCUCACCUCCUUGGGCUGCUGCUUUGGUGGAGCCUUG